AUUCGCACAUGUUCACCAAUGAAAUCAACGAAAAACAAAUAUCCACACGCUGGUUUUCUUUUUCCCCCACCGGCACGUUACGCGCAUCAAGCGGGGCACAUUGUUCCAUUCUUAAACCUCGGACCAUUGUCACGUGUGCCGACCUCUGACCCAUGGGGACAAUAGCUGACCCAUUGUGCCAACAGCGAGCAGCCGAAGCGACGACGGUAAUUAUAGAAGAGUGGAUUUGCUCCAUUAGCGGGGAAAAACGACGCAGGAAGGUAGAGGCGGUGGUGGGGGGGGGGUGGUGAGCCGCACGGAUUGUGUAACAGCAGACACUGUGACCUAUAUAAGAUUCUAAAUAAAAAUCCGCGCCUCGUAUCUCCACUCCUGCUCACUGCCAAGGGCCCGCACCUUCGGGACGCGGUCACCGCCAGCGCAGGGGUCGGGGAACUUCCUGCGCCACCUCUUCGGCCUCCUCUUGAGGGACCCACCUCGCCGUCGUCCACGACGAGCAGGGCGGCAUCUGACGAUGAGGCGAUGACGGCGACGAUGGCGACGGUGGCGACGGUGAUGGGCGGGGGAGGAGUACGGGAGGAGGAUGGAGGUGCAAUGGCCGGAUCUGCAGUGCCGGAUCUGCCCGAGGAUGAAUGCUGCGCCUCUCCCGCCGCUUCGGGAAGCAGCGACGCCGCGUUACCCCCGUCAGCUUCGUGCGAGUCUCGCUCCAUGUCCCAAGCGCAGCAGCAGCAGCACCAACAGAACCAGCAGAACCAGCAGCAGAGGUGCGGAGGACGGGUUCGAUCCCGGGCGCCGCCGGGGAUGCCCAAGCUCGUGAUUCCGCACGGCGCUGCUGUCGUUGCCGCUGCUUUCUCGUUCGGCCCCCACGGGGUCGGGGGGGGCGCCGGCGGGGGAGGUGGGGAGGUGGCGGCGGGGGGCUACCCCCCCGAGAUCACGGUGACCCCGCCGACCCCGACGAUGCUGUCUCCACGGUGCAGCGUCUCCCAGGAGACCAAGCAGAGGCUCAAGAGCGCCAUCCUGUCGUCACAGUCGGCGGCCACCGUGCGGCGGGAAACGCUGAGCCAGCCGGCGCUCGAACCGCCCGACACCUCCAGCCUCGAGUCGUCCUUCGAGAGCGAGUCGGACACGGACGACGAGCUGAUGGACAUCUAGGGGCUCCGUCGUGUUCCGCGUCUCAGUUGACGCAAUGGCCAGCAGCGCUUGUCGAACGCCGAGCUCGUGGUUUGCCCCCCCCCCCCCCCCCGCCCCGUUGUUGGUGGUGGCGGUGGGAAAGAGACGUUGGAGCGAUUUCGCCAAAAAUCGGACAAGGCGGAGGAACGUUUUGUCCACGUUAAUGGUGCAUGAAUUAGGUCACGCCAUACACACAACGGGAAACACGUUUAGACGCCUGUGGCAUUACCAACCUGGAGCAGUUGUGACUUCCAUGUCCUGUCCCCCCUUCCGAAUGAUUUUUCUUGAAAUAUAUACAAUCGGUAUAUUGUGACUUUAACCGGGAGAGUUGAUGUGGAAGGUUAUGAGUUUGAACCUUCCUCAGGGCUCGACUAUCUUCAACCCUCCGGUGUUACAGCAAUCCCUCCGAGUGGCAACAGUUGGUGGGAAGAUGACAGAGUGAUUAUCCUGUGGAUAGACUGGUUCCCGCCAAAGGAAGAAAAAAAAUUGAAUUUCCAACACUUGGCUCAGGGCUAGCAAGAGAGUUGAGGGACCGGCCAAAGCGUGCUUGGAACAGGAAAAGCUUUGAUGUGACGCGACUUUUGAUGGUUAACACAAAGAGCCCCCCGUGUGUACUGUUUUGUAAUCAGCCAUACAUUUGUGUACACAUAUCGGUGCUUUUCGUUGGCAGUAUUUUCUAGGGGGAAGGCAGGAGUACAAGACAAGACAAAAAAAAACAACACGCCUCGUGACGUGUGGCAUGUAGGCUGCUUAAGCCAUGACCUCGCUUCCCAAGCCCAAGCCGACCACCCGUCCAGUGGCUCCUUCCAAGUUGAGUCCCGUUACUGGGCCUUGAGAGGGGAGCGCUGUACGAUCGGCGAAUAACAAACGUGCCUCUUUUCCACUGCACAACCGAGCCGUGCCAGGCGGUGACGGGCCGUGGCGGGCCGUGGCGGGCCGUGGCGGGCCGUGCCGAACCUCCCCGCCGAUGCUCGGCUGGCCCGAGCCGUUCCGCUAACGUCACGCGCACGGCAAAUUAGUAGACACCCGUGUAGGUGACCCGAGCACGUUGUGUUCUCGGGUGUACUGAACACACACAAUGCACGAGUUGAGUUGCAUGUAGACGACAUGGUUGACACUGUCCUCACAGGUGUACUCACCAACAUCGCACGCAAUGAUCAGGUAGGUGACGCGGCGACGCUGUGUCGAGUUUAUGCCGACCGGCGUUAUGCAGAAAUGAACGAGUCGAUUAAUUUGGCCCCCGACUUGGCUCCAGACUUCGAUCGACGUCUCGCGAGGCUGGUGAAUCAGUCUGGUUCUGGCUCGGCUCGGCACAUAGCCAGUGGAAAAACCGCCCGUGCUGCGUGUGAGCCCUGUGCUGGUACGGUUCGGAUGUGCCAGUGGGAAAGUGGCGAGAUGGGAACGGUAAAUCGCCUGUUUGUGAUUCUAAAGUUAUGAACGUCAGUAACGUCGACAGUGUUUUUGUCCGUGUAAAAAAAAUGUUUUACGUAACUCGAGAAGAAUGUUUACCGUCGCGAAAUUAGUUACGCGCCUUCCACCAUACGUGGUGUCUGGACUGGGAAGUGAUGUGGAAAUAUGUUAAUAUAACCUUUUUAUUCGUUGCCAUUGUUGGGGGUGAGUUUGUUUUCGACAAGUAACGGUGGGACGCACUGCUUUGCACGUCGAUAACGGUGUAAAGUUAUCCAGCGUUCGUCCUCGUCGUUAAUAACCGUGCCGCGUGUUAUGUCAAACUGCCAUUUUUCUAUCCUACAAUUGCCACCGUUUAUGAGCACGUCGCGUCUAUUUUGACAGCUUGAUGCGGCUGCAGGAUUUUGCCUUUUGAACACAAAUUGCUGGAGCGCGCAGUAAUAGCUUUCCCCCCUCGCCCGCGUGUUUUCGGAUUGUUGUGCCGCGUGCGGUUCGGCACGGCGGCGUCCCCGACGUUUCGUCGUCAAAACGCGCCGAGAGCUUUUUCGGGAGCGAACGUCGCGCGUGGUGCCCGAACGGCACGUGGUACGACGGGAAAUCACGCCGUGGGGUUGCACGGCACAGCUACAACCGCGAAAACGCACGCAGCAGCAAACAGUAUUGUAUAUUUGUGCGAGAGGGGGGCGCCGAGAAGCACGAUGCUGUCGCGGGAGUUGAGUUCCACUCCUCUGCCCCCCGUGAUCCUGAGGGGUUUUGCAUGAAGGUUCGCUGUAGACCCCCCUUCCCCCCCCCCCAUCACAGGCAUCCCUGACCGAUGAAGAUGAUUCUAUAUUUUUUGUCAUUAUACCAGUGGAUUUACUGCAAACUGGUAUCAUAAAUUUAAUAAGAAUGUAAACGAAUUAGGGGGGGGGGGGGAUUGCACAUUAUAUCAUAUGUAUUGGAAAAACACAACUCUAGACAUUAUUUGGCUUAUUCGCUGCAUACCCCAGACCAUACACUCUCGUCAAAUAAUUAAAACAUUUGCCACUUAAUGUUUGCAGAAUGGAGUUUUUAGCUCAAUUUGGUCAGUUUGUUGCCAUUUAUGUUAACUGGGCACUGUUUUGUAAACUGGGAAGCAGUAGUUUUAUCCGACAUGUGAAUCAAACCCUUUAACUCCAGGGCCUCCAUGUCACUAAAAUGUGAGUGGAGCUCUGCAGCUCCACCACAGCGUGUUUAAAUGAACAUACAAAUUAACU